GGCGCACGCUUUUCUCGAAUAUUUCGCUGCCUAGCCAAUAAGCUAAAGCUAACGCUAAAUACCUUAAAACACUACAUUAAAUAGAAUUUUUUUUUUCAAUUCUAAAGUCUUCUUCUUGUUAUCAUUAGAUUACAGAUUAGCGAGUCGUUCGUUUUGCGUUAUGAUGAGUCGUACCCCGGAUGCACGCGCAAGAGACACCCAGACCAGGCAGAUUCAGGAGAGCAUCACGCAUGUGGAGAAACAUUUCGGGGAGCUCUGCCAGCUUUUUGCGGCGUACGUACGUAAAACAGCACGGGUCCGAGACAAGGCCGAUCUCUUAGUCCGAGAGAUCAGCCUGUACGCAGACAUGGAGACACCCCACCUGAAAAACGGACUGAAGAAUUUUGCAGAUCAGCUUGCCAAAGUUCAGGACUACAGACAAGCCCAGGUGGAGAGACUUGAUGCCAAAGUGGUUGAGCCCCUGAAAGCCUACGGUACUAUCGUGAAACUGAAAAGGGAGGACCUGAAACUUACUCAGACCGCCAGGAACCGAGAGGCGAAGCAGAUGCAGCAGCUGGAGAGAACGAGACAGAGGAACCCCUCCGACAGACAGAUCAUUUCACAGGCUGAGAGCGAGCUGCAGCGAGCCACGAUGGACGCCACACGCACGACUCGCCAACUCGAGGAGACAAUAGACCUCUUUGAAAGGCAGAAGAUCCGAGAUAUCAAGAAAAUAUUUGGGGAGUUUGUGACUGUGGAGAUGGCAUUUCACGCCAAAGCGUUGGAGGUGUACACUACUGCCUAUCAGAACAUCCAAAAUGUGGACGAUGAAGCUGAUCUAGAGGUUUUCAGGAGCACCCUGCAUCCCCCUGACUAUAAGUCACGCAUAGACAUUGUUCGUGCCAAUUCCAAAACGUCCUUAAAUCAGACCGGGACGUCCAUGAGUAAAUCAGGGACCUUGCAGUCAAGGAAAGGACAGAAAAAGGAAGAAGAGGAGGAGGAGGAAGAUGAUGAUGAUGAUGACGACGACGACGAUGAUGAUGAUGAUGAUGACGACGACGAUUUGGAGGAAGUUACAGACGAUGAGAAAUAAUUUACCUGCUCAACUGCUUCUUGUGCCAUAGUAUUUCUUCUUUUUAAACAGUGUUGUAACUAAUAUGUUUCCAUCGCACAGCCAUCUAAUGUGUCCUUAAUUAACCAGCAGUAAUUAUUAGCUUUAUUAUUAGUAUAAUGUAAACAAUUGCUUUUUGUAACGUUUUAUAUUGUUGUUUUCACACUUCAGUGCCAACAGUGUUUGUUUCUGAGUGCAGUGUUAAUUCACCGUAUCGAUUUAAAACUUUUAAUACAUGACCAAAUAAACCCCUGUUGUGUUAUUUCUGAACGAUUGCUCAAUGGUGUAAAAUCAAACCUUGCACAAUAAGUGUGCAGAGCAGAAAACGAAGACCAAAAUGACGCUGCAGAAGUUCCUAGAAGUUC